AGCCGGAGCAGCGGGGCCCUUUGAAUCUGUUGUUUUCAGGGAACUCGUCGCUUCUCUUCGCUUUUCGAGGAUUGUAUGAAGGAUUCGAACCGGAGACCUCGUCCAGAUCCUCGUGUGAGUCCACGUCCGCUUCCCUGAGUGACCCGAGCUGCAGAGACAUCACGUGAUCAAUGUAAAGCUGCUCUUUGUCAGUCCCUGCUGCAGCGUCUUUCCUCCCGUGGACCGGACCUGUGUGUCCACAGAGAUGCGCCACGACUCCUCCAGCAGUCGUCGGAAGGGCAAAGCCCCGAAGCACCGCUCCGAGGUGUCGGCCCCGGGGACCGCCCGGUCCCCGAGGAGGAGGAGUGGUUCAGUCGCGGGUCCCGUGACUCCCAAGAAGAGACGGUUCCGACCGGGCACGAAGGCCUUGAUGGAGAUCCGCAGGUACCAGAAGAGCACGGACCUUCUGCUCAGGAAGGGACCGUUCUCUCGCCUGGUUCGUGAGGUUUGUCAAACUUUCUCCAGAGAGGCUCUCCGGUGGCAGGUUUACGCUAUUCUCGCCCUGCAGGAGGCUGCAGAGGCGUUUCUCGUCCUGCUGUUCUCGGACGCCAACCUGUGUGCGAUCCACGCCAAGCGAGUGACCCUGUUCCCCCGCGACAUUCAGCUGGCCCGGAGGAUCCGCGGCGUGGACACCCUGUGACAGCACCUCACACCUAUCGCAGCAGGAUCAAGAUGCUCUCCACCACUUUAAACCUUUCACCUGUUUUUAGAAGCUUUCUGACAUUUUAUCAAAUUUGGGUCUUAAAAUUCUAGAGAAAUAAUGUAUAUUUAUCGUAAGUUGUCCAAAUAUCAUCGGAAUGACAAGGUCAGGUCCACUGAGCCGCUUCAGAAGUGUUUAAGAAGAAGGAAAAUUGUCCUGUUCUUUUAUACAUUUGUUAAUGAUCACUCCUCUGUGAUGUUUCAAUGACGUGUAAAUGUUGCUCCAUAAUUCAUAGAAAGUUAUUUUCUUAAUAAAAAGCCAUUUUCUUCUUACUAAACGUGAUGUGUUAUUUUGAUCUGGACUCCAGCAAAGAUUUAAUGUCAGUUGUUUUGUUUCUGUUCAACACAACAAGUGUAAAUAACGACACAUCUCCACUUCCUAUAGAUCAAUAAAUGAAUAUCUCUGUAAACAAGA